CUUCUUCUUGAUUGUGGGUCUUAUCUGACAUGCCAAACCAUAUGAUCAUCUCUUUUUGUUAGAGAUAUAUAUCCUGCCACUCAAAAUAUUUCAACAGGCCGGCACUACCAUAGCAACAUCAACAUGCUCUGUUCUUCCAAAUAUUCUCUGCAGUCAACCCUUUCACUACAAAUGCAACCUUUACUCUUUGCUUCCUGUGUUCUCCUCAGGCUUCUUAGCCAACUACCCAUGUCUCACUCUCUUGCAGUUGCAGAACCACGACAAAAUCAACAGCUACAAAAUCACAGCAAUGAAAAAUGUGGGAGAUUUCACAUCCCAUUCCCAUUUCACUUGAACACUUCAUGUGGGUCUGUUUCUAAUGCUUUCCAUCUCUCUUGCUCUAACUCCACCACCCUUAUUCUCAACAUUGGCUCUGAAAGCUAUCGGGUUCUCGAAUUCUUCUCUGAUGGGUUACUAGUGGACUUUCCAGGUUCCUCUGCCUGUCGUCAGUAUAACGAUUUGCACUCCUUCAGUUUCGGUAGAAACGAUUACUUUGCCGUGGCGGUUGAUAAUGUCAUUGGCUUGUAUGAUUGUGAGGAUUCUUCAUUGUGUAAAGCAGAAUGCGAAACUAUUGACUUGCCUGAUUGUGAUGGCAGUGACAGCGUUUCCCCCGCCUGCUGCUACCCCCUCUCCGAUCAUAGCAUCUGGCAUGUUGGCGAUGGGUUUUCAGGAUUUUCCAAAUUUGGGUGUAGAGGGUUCUCAAGUUGGGCUGUUCUGAGAGGGACUAUUUCAGGUAAGCGUGGAGUUAAGUUGGAAUGGGCUAUUCCAAGGAACUCAUCCGGGGGAGUUUGUGCUGCCAAUGCAUACAUUAUCAAUGCUACAGCAGUUGAAGGAGGGGUAAGGUGCUUGUGUCAAGAUGGGUUUAUUGGAGAUGGAUUUGCAAAUGGAGGCGGGUGCUUCAAGUCAUGCAUAAAGGAUGGACGGGAAGCAUAUGGAAAUGACUGCUACACCAAAAGACAUGGUGAAAGGAAAGUAAUAAUUGUAGCCGGAGUUCUAGCUCCAGUUUUCAUAAUUGCCUCCUUGAUUGCACUUUUUUGUCUACUUAAGCGACGAGUUAAGCAGAGGAAAUUUGCCCCUGACCAGGAUUACUUUCACAGCACCAUCUCAUUCCGAAAAGCUUGUAGAACUCGACUAUUUACUUACCAUGAGCUAGAUGAAGCCACUAAAGGGUUUGAAGAUGGUCAGAAGCUUGUAGAUGGCAGAAAUGGCACAAUUUAUGCAGGGGUUCUUGGGGAAAAAUGGCACAUAGCUGUGCACAAGUUACAAUGUGACAAUGAAAGAGACCUACUUCAAGUCCUAUCCCAAAUUGAGGUUUUAUCUGCUGUUCAACACAGGAAUAUGGCCCGCCUCCUUGGAUGUUGUAUCGACUCUGGCUACACCCCACUUGUGGUCUAUGAGUAUCCUGCAAAUGGUACCUUGGAGGAACAUUUACAUCAAAGUAGAGAACAUAAUAUUGGCCUUGACUGGUACAAGAGAUUGCACAUUGCUGCAGAAACAGCUAGUGUUCUUGCAUUCCUACAGUAUGAGAUUUCUCCUCCCAUCUUCCACCAUUAUCUCAAAUCCGGUUACAUCUUUUUAGACGAAGAUUUUUCUGUGAAGAUUGCUGGGUUUGGUCUACUUAGCUCAAGCCUUGGGAAUGGUUCUAAUUUGUAUAACAGCUAUGAAGAUUUGCAUUUGCAGGAAAAUGAUGUUUAUGAUCUGGGUUUGCUGCUUCUUGAGAUUAUUGCAGGCACAAAUCACUUGGACAUGCCAACUGUAACUUUGCAAAAAAUAAGGUGUGGAAGGCUAGAAGAGAUUGUGGAUCCACUCCUUUACUAUCAUGAGCAGCCGCCUUUCCGCAGAGAGCAAAUAGAGAUAGUUGCAGACCUUGCAACAAGAUGCUUAUUGUUUGGUGGAGAUGGCAAACUUGGCAUGAUUGAUGUUGCAAGGGAGCUGGUACAUAUUGCUAAAGAGAGCAUAGAUGGAGGUAGUAGAAGGGGUCCUGCUCUAGAGGAAACAUUUUCAAAUUCCAGCCUCCUUCAAAUGAUAUCAAUGUCUCCUGAUUCUAUACAUGUGCCUUGAAUUCUUCUUUGAUGAUACUGCUGCCGGUGUCACCUGCCAAAAACUCUGCUUGUGUGUUUGUGUGUUUUGUGUGCACUUGCACACAUCUGCA